AUGUCGGUUCUGUUCGUACAACCUGGUACUGUUGCUGUGAUGGAAGACGUUACUGCUGUGAGUGAAGACGUCACUGCUGUGAAGCAAGAAGUACCUACUGUGAGUGAAGACGUCACCGCUGUGAAGGAAGAAGUAACUAAUGUGAGUGAAGACGUCACUGCUGUGAAGCAAGACGUCACUGCUGUGAUGGAAGACGUUACUGCUGUGAGUGAAGACGUCACUGCUGUGAAGCAAGACGUUACUGCUGUGACUGAAGACGUCACUGCUGUGAAGCAAGAAGUAACUACUGUGAGUGAAGACGUCACUGCAGUGAGUGAAGACGUCACUGCAGUGAGUGAAGACGUCACUGCUGUGAAGGAAGAAGUAACUACUGUGAGUGAAGACGUCACUGCUGUGAAGGAAGAAGUAACUACUGUGAGUGAAGAUGUCACUGCUGUGAGUGAAGACGUCACUGCUGUGAAGCAAGACGCCACUGCUGUGAAGAAAGACUUUACUGCUGUGAAGCAAGACGUUACUGCUGUGAGUGAAGAUGUCACUGCUGUGAAGCAAGAAGUAACUACUGUGAGUGAAGACGUCACUGCUGUGAAGCAAGAAGUAACUACUGUGAGUGAAGACGUCACUGCUGUGAUGGAAGAAGUAACUACUGUUAGUGAAGACGUCACUGCUGUGAAGGAAGACGUUACUACUGUGAGUGAAGACGUCACUGCUGUGAAGCAAGAAGUAACUACUGUGAGUGAAGACGUCACUGCUGUGAAGCAAGAAGUUGCUGAUUGGGGUGAGUACAAUACAGCUAUGAGGAAAGGCGUUGCUGCUGUGAAGGAAGAUGUCAGCGCCAUGAGACAUUUUUCAUUCGCAAAGGAAGAACCAAGAGCUGUAUCUACAAGUAACUCCAAAAUAAAAAACAGAAGGAUGGCUGAAAAAGCUAGUACGUCCCAAGCUGAUGAGGAUCAGCAGUACACAAUCAGAAUAUUAUAUUCUGAUAUGGCGCUAAAUCUGAGUGAGAUGAUCAGCCCAGAUAGGAAAUUGACCUGGCAGAGACUUUUGACAGUACUGGACCCAUUGUUACCUCAUCAUCUUCGUGGUGACGACAUUACAUAUAUUGGAGACAUACUUGAGAAGCUGAGGGCAAAAGGACAGAUUGUUCCCAUGAAAGGUUCCUUUGAGAAACUCUAUGACGCACUCCUUAAAGUUAAUGUUGAAGCAGCCAAGGUUGUUAAGGAGACUUCAGUAAAUAUAAAAGCACUUCUGUCUGAAGGGCCACUGGCAGCAAGAAAACCUGGAACUGAAAGAAAUGGAAACCAGAUUAAAGGAAGGAAUCCCAAGUUGAAAGCUAUGAAAGAAACAACAAGAUUAAGAACCCUUGAUCAAACCUCAAAACCAGAGGUGAUCUCUACACAAGCCUUGGAAGACGCUAAAGAAAUGAUCAGAAAGAACAGCGUUGUCCUCAUCAAGGGUGCCUCAGGGGAUGGGAAGACUUUGAUGUGUUACCAACUAUUGAAGUGGCUAAUGGACGGCGAUAAUAAGGAUACCAGACUGUCAAAGGAUCCUGUGCAGCUUUACAGCAUGGCCAAAUGGGAUGAAAUUGUUGAACCAAACACACAAUUAGCUGUAUAUAUUGAUGAUGUUAGUGGGGAAAUCGCUGAAGAAUUGAAGAAAAGGGAAGUUUCCAUUAAGUCGAGAUUUUGUGGGAAACUCAAUAAUAGAUCAAAUUGUUUGAUACUAAAUGUUCGAGAUGAAAUUUUCAAAAGCACACAAUUACUUUCAUGUGAAUUCUUCAAACAAAAUAUCAUUGAUUUGAGAGGUAAAAACUGCAUAAAAAUCUCAGAAAAAAAGCUUAUUUUAGAAAGUUAUGUCCGAGAAAUUAAAACCUUUCCUAGUGGAAAGGAAUCUGAAAUAAUCAAACUUGACCCAGAUAUAGGAUUUCCACAGUGUUGUCGACUUUAUAGGGAUGUUCCCAGCUUACAAAAAGAGGGGGUUCAUUUCUUCAAACAACCAUUUCAUUUCAUGGAAACAACUUUGGAGAAAUUACCAAAGGAGCACUUUUCUGCUCUUCUGUUUCUCUUCCUCAAUGAGGGGAGAGUAAAGAAAGGUGAUUUAGAUCCUAAAAACAGUGAAAGUGUUGACAAGAAAAAGCUUGAUGAAGCUUUCCAGGGAAUUAAACUUGAUCAUGCAGACAAAAUCAGAUCUCUGCAGAAAAGUUUAAAUGUAAUGUUUGGAUCUCUGGUUGCAAAAAGAAAAUAUCCUUUUCACAAUUUUGAUGAUGAUGAUGAUGAUGAUGAUGUAUUUUACCAAUUUUGUCAUGAUUCUGUUCAGGACACAGUUGCCCUUAUGUAUGGCAAAGACACAAAAAUUGGGUUUAUAGAAAAUUGUCCACGAAAGUACCUCCACUAUAUAUCAACAUCAAAAUCCACCGCUAACAAAAUAGUUAUAAAACCUAGUAGUGAACACAUGUAUAAACGUUUGGUCAGAGAGUGUGAAUCUGAUGUCGGACGUGAAAAGGACCAUAGAUUAUCUGACUAUAUAGUUAGAUUAGACGUAUGGACAGACACCCUGUUUCUACAGGGAUUUAUUAGUUGGCUAAGUGGUCAGAAUGAUGACAAAAACUUACACCAACUGAUAAAAUCUACGUUGUUAAAUGGAGCUUGCUCUGCUGGUUUAGAAGAUCGUGUCUCGUAUCUCCUUUCUGUGGGUGCCACACCUGACAAUGAUACACCGUUUAGUGUAGUGAAGGGUGGGAGUGUACAACUACUGACACAACUACUGAAGUAUGACGUCAUUCCUACAGCGAGGGCAGACAGGUCACGAUCAUCAUAUUAUACUGAGAAUAUCAAUGUCCUACACGAGGCGUGUCUGUUUAAGAGAGAAGAGAUGGUGACCAUGUUGUGUGACACUUACCCAGACUUGGUACACGAGACUGAUAACAGGAGACACAGCACGCUCCAUCUUAUGGCACUGACAGGAAGCGUUGGUCUAUUUCAGACAGUGGAGAGAACGAUACUUAAAUCUUUGUGUAGAGUUGAGGAUGUACAACAGAAGUGUGAGACAGAAGAUGGCCGUGUGGUACAUAGGAGUUGUGUGUGUGGACAGUACAUGUCACAGUUAGAGGACGAUGACGGGUGGACAAUAUUACAUCUUAGUUGUGGAGAGGGACACAGGGAGCUUAGUUUAUACCUGUGUCAGUGUUACCCAGCACUAACUACAGCUGUAGAUAUCGACGGGUAUACAGUAUUACAUCAUAGUUGCAGUCAGGGACACAGGGAGCUUAGUUUAGAGCUGUCCAGGUGGACAUCAGAUGUCGACAUGUUCACUGAUUGUGAACGUCACGUAAAACUGAACGUAGAGAAAACAGGAGGUAAGUAUGACAUCACGACCAUACUUACUAAUGACGGUAGAUCUGUUCUAGACCUGGGAAAGGAAUGGAUAGAGUGGGCGGACUUAGAUAACAGCCCUUUGUAUGACCAUCUUGUCAAAGUUUUUAAUAAAUAA